CAGCAAACGGUCACACUGCCCACCAAAAGAAAAUUUGGACGAACAAAUUGUUCGAGAUUUCCGUUUUUAAUUGAAAAUGAUGAAUUAAUUAGCGCAGUAAAUUAACACCAGACUCAACUUCAGAAAGUUUAACAGCGGAAAGACAACGGGAAGCGAUGGCUGUUCUGGGUCCCCAACUGGUGAUCACGCUGGUGAUGGUGAGCGUGAUACAGAAACUGAGUCCCCACUACUCCUUCGCCAAGUGGAUACUCUGCCGCACCGGCCUCUAUCGCUAUCUGCACCCAACGGACGACGAGCUGCGAUCCAAGGGCGGUGUGCCCAAGGAGAAACCAGCCAAGGGCAAGCACAAGCAGCAGAAUGGAGUCUCCGGGCAGUUCCACAUACCGCGCAGCAUUGAGCUGGACCUGGAGACGUUGCCGGUGCAGGAGCAGGACGUGGUGCACCUGCGCUACUUCACCGAAUACCAAUGGCUGCUGGACUUUAGUAUCUACGCCGGCAUUGUGUACGUGAUCUCCGAGCUCUUCCACUUUUACUUUCCGCUGAAGGAGGAGAUCAAUCUGAGCAUGGUCUGGUGCCUACUAGUCAUCUUCUUUUCCCUAAAGCUGCUGUCCUCCCUCACCGUUCUGUAUUUCCAAAGCGAGGAGUCCAUUGGCGAGCGGUCCAUGGUUAUUGUGGCCUGUCUGGUCUAUCUGCUGAUCGCUAUGAUCGUGCUGAUCAUCGACGAGCGCAUUCUCGAGACAGGACUGGAGGAUGCCUACACCAGUUUCAAUGCAAGCGCCUCGAAGUUUCUCACCGAGCAGGGUCUACCCUCAUCUGGUCCGGCCUCAAAAAUUGUGGUCAAAUUCUUUCUCGCUCUGAGCUGCGGCGUGCUCGGCUCGCUAUUCACCUUCCCCGGCCUGCGCAUGGCCAAGAUGCACUGGGACUCGCUGAAAUACUGCCGCGGCAAUCGCGUGAUGCAAGUCCUGCUGAAUCUCAGCUUUGUGCUACCAUUUAUUUUGGUCAUUUUGUGGAUCAGGCCCAUCAGCCGUGACUAUCUGACGGUGCGCGUCUUCCAGGGCAUGCAACAGCCACUACUGACGCCGCAUGCCUUUGAAACGCUGCGCUUGCUGCUGGUCGUUUUUGUGGUGGUCAUGCGCUUCGCCCUGAUGCCCGUCUAUCUGCAAUCGUACCUGAACCUGGCCUAUGAUAAGAUAAUGGAUCUGCGCAAGGAGGCCGGUCGCAUCACCAAUGUGGAGUUCAAACAAAAGAUCUCCUCUAUUUUCUACUAUCUCUGCGUUGUGACCCUCCAAUUUGCUGCCCCGCUCAUUCUGUGCCUCUACCUGACGCUGAUGUACAAAAGCCUGGGCGGUUUCAGCUGGUCAGGCGUCUUCAGUGAGGCUGUCGUGCUGCAGCACGAGUGUGCUGCCGGCGACGUGGAGACGGCCGUAUCCGGCGGUACUGCCACUGCCAUUGAAGAGGGAGAGUUCAAUAUUAUGGAGUCGGCACAGUCGCUGCAGGCAUCGUUCAGUAGCCUUAAAAAUGUUUUCUCCACGGAGGUGUACAAGGGAUUUCUGGGCUUCGCCACGUGGUGGAGCUACUUCACUCUCUUUGCCACUUCCUCGCUGGGAAUUGUCUAUCAGUCGUACUUCAACAAGACCUAAGGCCAUCUCUUCUAAUUGCAUAUACUCGCGCUGGAGUUCUCUACACUCAGCCAAUCAGCAUGCUAAUCCUAGUUAGUCCCUUUAAUGUUUUAUCGUAGUCCAUUCGUAGCCCAUACGCAUUGAUAUUGUUUUAUAGUCCAGUCAAGUGAAAUCAAAACACCCUGAAAACUUCUUGGUUUACACCGUGUAUUGUAUAUAAUACUACUUUAUCGAUUGUUUAUAAAGUUUGUAAUAAAGAAUUUUAACCAGGA